UUUUUGGAGGCGAUGUAAAGGUCCUACUUGACAAGAAAAUGUCCUCUUUUCUGUCAUGGCGCCUAACAAAGUGGGUCCGAAUACUGGCUUAUGCUUUGUUAUUCAUCGUCAGUUAUCAUCUAUUCACACGAUUCACACAACCGUCAACUCCAUCGGCGCCAUUGGUCCCGUCAUCGACUCAUGAAACACUGGGUUUCCCGUGGUAUCGACAGCCUCAUCCGCACGCAUCUCACGUUAAUCCCUAUGCACAGCUGAAUCUGACGUCCAGUGACCGUCGAGCGCUUCAGGAGAAAGCAGUACAAAAAGCCCACGAUCUUAUACAAGAACCGUGGGGCGAAACCAUUAAGGGUUUGCCUGGAACGAAAUUCACGACACAGGAUGCCGCCGAUGCGUUCCGAGCGCAAGUAGAUUGCUGGACACGAGGUCAAUGGAUCCAACACGAUGCAUCAUCCAUGUUACCCCAUUUUCAAGAUCCCGUUUAUGGAAGUUGCGAUCGUGCUUUUUAUAAACGCCAUUCAUCCAACGAAAAACGUCCCGCCUUACGGUAUACCUGGCAACCAGAAUGUGCGUUGCCGCAUCAACUGGACCGUAGUCAGUGGUGCGAUGCGUUCAAAGGUCGCAAUAUUUUGAUGGUAGGCGAUUUGGUUCAUUUUCAACUGCACGAUCUGUUUCUGGAUACUCUGAGAGACGGUCCCGUGGUCUGUUUUGGAGAACUCAACUGUAAGGAUCACAGUCUGUGUUCCAAACCCGAUGUGAAUCUUCGCUAUUUGCGCAACGAUGUACUGUCGACAGUUCAUCGAGUGGAUAAAGCGCAUGGACGACCGCACAUGGAUAUCGUAGAAUGGCCAUUCCUUCCGGGCUAUAUUAUUUCGAAGUACGAUAUUUUAAUUCUCAAUCGCGGGCCUGUUGCCGAAGACGAUGGUACCUUUACGCGUCAGCUAAUUAACACCAUGCGCACCAUUCGUCGAGUGAAACCCCACGCCCUUGUCAUCUAUCGAUCGACAUCGAUUGGCCACCCUUACUGUGACGAGGCGGACAGACCGCUGAAAAAGCCAUUGACGGAUGAAGAACGCCGACAAUUACCAUUUGGAUGGAGCGAGGUCCAACGACGUAAUGCGAUCGCACGAAGCAUUGUAGAGGCUUCGGGCGGGCUCUUUGUGGAUCUAGCGGCUGUCACCGAUUUACGCCCAGACGGUCAUGUAGGAGGCCAGGAUUGUCUCCGCUACUGUAUGCCGGGACCGUUGGAUAGUUGGGUUCACAUAUUAUACAAUGUAUUUGUCAGUUUGUAAAAAGAGUUUAGCUAUAUUACGAUUCACGGAAUUGGGCACAUCAUACUAUCAGCAUGUCGUAAUAUCAUUUUUUUAUUGGAGCAUAAAGAAAAAUAGAAGUAAAAGAAAAAAGA